UUAUAUCCUUUCAUCGCCCAUCAAAACCACACAAGAACAUCAAACACCUUAGCAACAACACUGUUACUUCCACUCCAUCGAAACCCUUUGCAUAAAAGAGAGCAAUCACUAGAAGCAACAACAGAUCAAGAGUAGAAACAGAGAAAAAUGAAGCAAUUGUUACUGCCCUUCUUUAUCAGCUUCUUCUCGAUCUUGCUCUGCUUUCCUGGGUCCGCCAAUGCAUCACUUCUCCCAUUUGUUGAUCGUCCUGGAAGUCUGCUGACUGAUCUCUGGUCAGACCGUCUCCCAGAUCCAUUUAGAGUCUUGGAACACAUACCAUUUGGGAUUGAAAGGGAUAACAGUGUGGAACUCUCUCUAGCCAGGGUAGACUGGAAAGAAACACCUGAUGGUCAUGUUAUAACGCUAGAUGUGCCUGGUUUGAAAAAGGAGGAGCUGAAGAUUGAGGUGGAGGAGAAUAGGGUGUUGAGAGUGAGCGGAGAGAGGAAAAGAGAGGAAGAGAAGAAAGGGGAUCACUGGCACAGGGUGGAGAGAUCUUACGGCAAGUUUUGGAGACAAUUUAGGUUGCCUGACAAUGUGGAUUUGGACUCUGUGAAAGCUAAGCUUGAAAAUGGUGUGCUUACCUUAAGUUUCUCCAAGUUGUCUGCAGAUAAGAUCAAAGGUCCUAAAGUUGUUAGCAUUGCAGGUGAAGAGAAACCUGAACCAGCCAAGCUCGAAAAAAGUGAGGCCACCAAACAGGAGCUGUAGAUUUUUUCAGGGCUGAAUUUUGAGAGCUGCUAAUAGAUAAAGGACUUGAUAUUUUCUGCUGUUUGAGAGAGAAUAAGGACUUGUAAUUUCUGUUCUGUUUGUGUUGCAGUGUCUUGUUUAUAACGUAAUGUAAUCUAAAAUAAGCUUCUUGUCAAGUGAUCAUUUCUCGAAUGCCAUGAUAAUAUAGUAAACUUCCGUA